CAGAAAAAAACUUCCCUAAACCCCCCCAAUCGCUCUCCCUCCAAAUCCAGUCUUUUUGUUCCAUCUUGUUCGGAGAAAUUCAAUUUCCUGCAAAACGAUCUCAUAUGCUUCAAUCACCUCUAAAAGGAGUGCAAUUGAUCGAAAGCCAGAAAACAUGGGGAAAUCUGGAGGUAGGAAGAAGAAGGGAGGUGGUGGUGGUGGUGGUGUUAACCAAAACCAAAACCAAAAUCAAAAUCAAAACCCUAGUCCAACAGAGAAUCAUGUGUCGGCAGUUAGCACCAGACCCUCGUCAAUGAUGCCUAAUGGUGGUGGUAUUGAUAUGGAUUCAACCAUUUUCUUGAAGAGAGCUCAUGAGCUUAAAGUAGAAGGGAACAGGCGGUUUCAAGCUAGGGACUUUGUGGGUGCACUUGAACAGUAUGAGAAUGCCCUUAAACUCACUCCUAAGACCCACCCAGACCGAGCCGUGUACCAUAGCAAUAGAGCAGCUUGUUUGAUGCAAAUGAAACCCAUAGAUUACAAAUUGGUGAUAUCCGAGUGCUCUAUGGCACUUCAGGUUCAGCCACUGUAUGUUCGAGCCUUGCUUCGUAGGGCAAGGGCUUUUGAGGCUGUAGGAAAGUUUGAAAUGGCUAUGUUGGAUGUGCAAACACUCUUAAGUGCUGAACCGAAUCAUCAGGAUGCUUUGGAGAUUGCCCGAAGAAUGCGAGCACCUACCACUGGCGCUCGCCAGGAGGCCCAACAGGACCUCCGGAGCCGCCCUUCACCUGCGGCUCUAGGGGCUUCUGCAAUCCGUGGAGCCCCCAUUGCUGGGCUUGGACCUUGUUUGCCUACCCGACCCGUUCCAAAGAAGACCGGACUUUCUGGGUCAGUCGGGGUUCCUAACAAUAAGCUAGAUAAGACUUAUCCAGUCUCACCUAUUGACAAUGAUCAAGAAGUGAAAACCACCCAAAUGCCAAAGCUUGUUUUGAAGCCGUCAGUUGGUGGUUCUAAUAAAUCUAAUGCUAGUAAUGUUGAUAAGGUUAACCAGAAGGAAAAGCCAAUAUCUUUGAAAAUUCACACUUCAGAGGUUCCAAUUCAAUGGCGACCGUUGAAACUUGUGUAUGGCCACGAUAUACGGCUUGCCCAAAUGCCAGUGAACUGCAACUGUAAAGUGUUGAGAGAGAUUGUGAGCAAAAGGUUUCCAUCUUCUAAAUCUGUCCUGAUAAAAUACAAAGAUGAUGAUGGGGAUUUGGUGACUAUAACGUCUAGCCGUGAGCUCAGACUGGCUGAAUCCAUUGCAGACGGCCUUUUUCUUCCAGAUAAAGAACCCGAUGUAGAGAAAUUUGAAUCAUUUGGGAUUUUGAAAUUGCAUAUUGUUGAGGUUAGUCCAGAACAGGAGCCCCCAUUGUUAGAGGAAGUAGAGGAGGUAGCGGAAGUAGAGGAAGAGAAGCCUUUGGAUAUCGAAGGAGACAGUAGUGGGUCCCAUUCUAUUUCUGGGAGUGAUCAAAAGACUGAAAAAGAAGCCGAUACGAUAGAAAAACCAGCAUCAUCUGACGAUCCUGAAUUGAAAGAAGUGGAGAUGGACGAUUGGCUGUUUGAAUUCGCUCAAUUAUUCCGUACCCAUGUCGGGAUUGAUCCAGACGCCCAUAUCGACCUACACGAGCUCGGAAUGGAAAUCUGCUCUGAAGCACUUGAAGAAACCGUCACUAGUGAAGAAGCUCAAAUUCUAUUCGACAAAGCUGCUUCAAAGUUCCAAGAAGUGGCGGCUUUGGCUUUCUUUAAUUGGGGAAACGUUCAUAUGUGUGCAGCACGGAAACGGAUCCCAAUAGAUGAUUCUGGAGAUCAAGAAGUGGUGGCGACACGGCUUCAAGCGGCAUAUGAUUGGGUGAGAGAGAAAUACACGCUAGCAAGAGAAAAAUACGAAGAAGCAUUGACGAUAAAACCAGACUUUUAUGAAGGAUUAUUAGCAUUAGGCCAACAACAGUUUGAAAUGGCGAAACUUUAUUGGUCGUUUGUUGUUGCCAAGAAAGACGAUUUGUCAAAGUGGGACCCAUCAGAAACGAUUAAGCUUUUCGACAGUGCUGAAGAGAAAAUGAAAUCCGCAACCGAAAUGUGGGAAAAACUAGAAGAACAAAGAGCUAAAGAAGCUAAAGAAGCCAAAGAUCCUAUCAGCAAAAAAGAAGAACUAUUGAAGAAAAAGUCAAAGAUUAGUAAUGAUGUUUCAGGUGAUGAAGCUGCAGAACAAGCAGCUGUUAUGAGAUCUCAGAUUCAUCUUUUUUGGGGUAAUAUGCUCUUUGAAAGAUCUCAAGUUGAGUCAAAGUUAGGUUUGACCGGUUGGGAGAAAAACUUGGAUACAGCCGUUGAACGGUUUAAGCUUGCUGGUGCAUCGGAGGCUGAUAUAUCAACGGUUCUCAAGAACCAUUGUUCUAAUGCCGAGGCUGUGGAAGGGGAGGAGAAAAUUACAAAAGAUUCAAUCCCGGAUGUGAUGAACAAAGAAAAUGGUGAUCAAUCUUGAAAAAGGUACACUUUUUUCGCUAAUGCAACAUUUUUUGUGUGUUUAUGAUGUUAGAUUUUGGAAAAGAUUUGUGAGAGAAGUAUUUGGUUGCAAACUGUUUGAUUCUCUGGAUCAUAUGUUUUUAGUUGAGGCUAAUUUUUUUCACCUAAAA